GUGAUUGCCUUUCAUACGCACUGCUUUUGGCCAAAAUUUUAUAGGUUAAGUUCUACAUUGAAUGUCACAAAAUAUUACGUUGUCCGAAGUGAACAAGAUAUAAAAUAAAAUUCCACAGUGAACGUUUGGCUACAAAAAAUAUUUGAAAUAUGUUCAGUGGCAUAAAAUAUCCGCUGAGAUACAAUUCAAAUAAAUUUAGUUGUCAAUUGCUGACAUACUUCUCGACGAAAACAACACUUAAAAGCAAUCUAACGAAGACAGAAUGUACACGAGGUGCUCAUCCACACGCGUGUGGACAACCGACGUCGACGACACACCCGCACUUGAUAAAGCAUGGCGAGGUGCUGCCAGGUAUAUCGCUUCAGGAACUUAAGAGAAGACGUUCUAAAUUAGUGGAGUGUGUCACAUUAAUGGCAAAUGCCAAGAAUGUACACAGGCAACAAAUAGUCGUCAUACCUGCAUCGUCCAAAGUUUACAUAUCUGAUAAGAUACCAUAUGUCUUUCGGCAAAAUACAGACUUUCUGUAUUUCUCUGGGUGUCAGGAACCUGAUAGUAUUCUAGUACUUACAUGUACAGAAGAUAAAUCGUCUUACACUUUAUUUGUGAGAGCGAGAGAUGAACAUUCAGAAUUAUGGGAUGGUCCUAGAACCGGCGUUGAAAUGGCGACAGAAGUAUUUGGCACAGAUUACGCUCUGCCAGUUACAGAAUUUGAACAGUUCUUGGCAGCGCUCAUACAAGAGGAUAAAGGCAGCAUUGUAUGGUAUGAUCAUGCGGAUGUUGUUCAACCGAUCUUGCAUAAGAAGCUGCAUCAAUUGAUUAAAUUGACGGACAAUCAAAUAUUUGCUUCCCCUAAGAUUUUGUUUCAUCAAAUUCGCUUGAUCAAGAGCGCCUGUGAAAUUGAUUUAAUGCGGGAGAGCUGCAAAAUUGCCUCUGACGCUAUUGUAAAAACAAUUCAAUCUUCAAAGCCAGGGAUGAGUGAGCAUCAGUUAUUCACUACUGUAGAUUAUGAAUGUCGUAUGCGCGGGGCGGAAUACUUGGCGUAUCCUCCCGUCGUAGCAGCGGGCAGAAAUGCAAACAUAAUACAUUAUAUCAAUAAUAAUCAAAUUAUACAAAGCAGUGAUUUAGUUUUGAUGGAUGCAGGUUGCGAGUAUCAUGGAUAUUCAUCCGAUAUAACGCGGACGUGGCCAAUUAGCGGCAAAUUUACGCCAGAACAAAAAAUUCUCUAUGAAAUAGUACUCGAUGUGCAAAAAAAUUUGAUAAAGAGUUUGAAGGAAAUGCCGUCAUUGGACAACGUAUUCCGUCAUAUGUGUUUUCUUCUGGGAGAACGGUUGCAAGAAAUUAACAUAAUACCGAAGAACAUAGAAGAAAGUAAAUUAUUAGCGGCUGCAUACGCGUACUGUCCGCACCAUGUCAGUCAUUAUCUUGGAAUGGAUGUGCACGACACGGGAAAGAUAUCCAGAAGCGUGAGGAUACAGCCUGGAAUGAUAAUAACAAUGGAACCUGGUGUGUACAUAAAUCCGAAGACUCCUUACGCACCGUCACAUUUCCAUGGUUUAGGUAUACGUAUAGAGGACGAUAUUUUAAUAACAGAAAAUGGCCCAGAAAUCUUGACGAAACACUGUCCAAAGGAGGUAGCGGAAAUCGAAGCUCUAGCAAGCUAAAAGUCAAG